CGAAAACGCAGCAUUUGAGUCACAAGUUAGCGGGUAUAGCAUCUAAAAAUAAGCGUUCCAAGUUAGCAAUUCUUGAGAAAGAAAAAAAGCCAGUGAAGUGAACUAGUGGCAGUAGAUCAUCUUCGGUGAAACUCCGCAUCAAUGUUUGAACCGGAAUCCGCUCUCAGUUUACCGUAGCAGAGCGCGAAUCGCGAAUCGAGAAUUUGAUAACUGUGUCUUCCAAGUGUUUGUGUUGUGUGUGUGAAUUAUGGCGGACCAUGACUUUGCCCCAAGCUUCACCCAGAAGCCCCAGCUGCGCCAGGAGGACGAUGGCAAUCGGUUAGUGUUCGAGUGUCAGCUGGUUGCGAAGCCCAAACCGGCGAUCGAGUGGUAUCGCAGUGAAGAACUCCUUACGCAGAAUGCCCGCACCAAGUUCAAGAUCCAGUCCUUCGGCGAGAACAAAUACUUCGUGGUGCUGGAGCUGGACGAUGUGAUCGACACCGAUGCGGGCCUGUACAAGGUGAAGGCCAAGAACCGUAUGGGUGAGGUAUCCGCCUCUAUCAAUCUUAAUUUCAGUCCUGCCGACGAACCAGUAGAGAAACAAAUUGACGGCCUUGCGCCAACGUUCAUCAAGAAGCCCUCCAUCCAGCAAGAGAACGAUGGCAAGCGGCUGAUCUUCGAGUGUCAGAUUCAGGCAGAUCCCAAGCCACAGAUCAGAUGGUCACACAAUAGCAAAGUGAUCGACAACACACCAAGGCAUAAGUUCAAAGUACAAAACGAUGGCAAGCAUUACUUCGCGACGCUGGAAGUGGACAAUGUUACGUUUGAGGAUUCGGGCAAGUACAAGGUGACGGCUAAGAACGAACUGGGCGAAUCGAGCGCAACAAUUAGUUUGAACUUCGACAGUGAGGAAGUUCCGGUACCAGCGGAUGGUUUUAAACCAGCCUUCACAGAGCGACCUAUACCACGGCAAUCGGAUGACGGCAAGAAUAUUAUAUUUGAGUGUAGAUGUAUCGGUGAUCCGAAACCAACAUACACAUGGUUCCACGAAAAGAAGGAAAUUCAGUUAAGCGGCAGGUUUCACAGUGAGGUUGAAGAAGAUCAAAAUCACUGCCACCUGAUACGAUUUACCAUCAAGGAUGUUAAGCAGUUAGACCGGGGCGUGUACAGCGUCCUGGCGAAAAACAAGCAUGGCGAUUCGUCGGCAAUCAUAAACUUGAACUUUGAUUCGAGCGCGAAGCUGAUAAAUCCCGAGGGUAAAUCACCCCGCUUUCCACAGAAGCCCACCAUUACCCAAAAGGGCGAGGUGCUCUCGAUGGAGUGCAUCCUGGAGGCGCUCCCGGUGGCCGAUAUUAACUGGUAUCACGGCCAGACCACGAUCACCGACGGCGAGCGGUACAAAAUCUUGCGCAAAGCGAUCUCAAACGAUACCUACCUACUGACACUCCAAAUUUCACAACCGACCGCUAACGACGGGGGCAUCUAUCGUUGCCACGCUUUCAACCCGUUCGGGGAAAGCAAUGCGCACAUUACGCUUAACUUCAAAGCGAACGAGAACGAUAGAGGCUUUGCUCCGUCGUUCGUGGAGAAACCGAAGAUCAUACCGAACAAGCUCGGCACGCUGAUAACGAUGAAGUGUAGAUGUAGAUCGAAACCGAAACCGACCGUCAAGUGGAUGCGCAAGAAACAGGAGGUGAAAUCGUCCAACAAAGUGACCAUCGAGGUCAAGACCGUCGACGAGGACACGUACGAGCUGACGCUGAACAUCAAGGAUCCCAGCUCGGAGGACGGCGGCAGCUACUCGUGCAUCAUCAGCAACGAGUUCGGCGAGAGCAGCGCGACCCUGAAUCUGAACAUCGAGUCCGAGCAAGAGACGUCCGAGAAGGGACCGGUGUUUGUCGAGAAGCCCCACAUCAUCUCGCUGGAGAACGGCAAAGUCGUGCGGAUGGAGUGCAAGGUCAGGACCGAGCUCAAGCCGGACAUCACAUGGACUCGCGAGGGCAGACUGCUGCAAGAGACCAGCAAGCUCAAGAUGACGGUGACGUCAGAGAAGGACGUGUACCACGUCUGCCUGGUGCUCAAGGAUCCACAGACGGAAGACUCCGGCACGUACAAGUGCAACAUCAAGAAUGCUCUCGGGGAGUUAAAUGCUAAUUUAAUUCUUAACAUUGAGAUUAUUCCCGUCAUCAAGGAAAAGCCGAAACUGGUAACGAACGUGAAGAAGCGUAUGGCGACGAUCGAGUGUGCGGUUGCGUCCCGCUUCCGGCCGGAUUGCGUCUGGAUGAAGGAGACGACGGUGAUCAAGGAGACGCACCGGCACAUGAUCAAGAUCGAGGAAACCCGCGAGGGCGAGUUCUCGGUCAAGCUCAACAUCAGCGAGCUGAGCGAGGCCGACUUCGGCGCGUACAAGCUGGUCGCCAAGAACGACAAGGGCCAGGCGACCUCGCAGGUGAUCGAGCUGAAGGACAUCGUGUUCGAGAAGCCACCGCCGACCAAGCCGAUCAUCGACCCGAAGUUUACGGACGUGAUGCUCGACGAGGGUGGCAAUCUGACGCUGGCUGCCGGCCUCGUACAUCCGGAUCGCCACUUCAAGGUGUACUGGAUGAAGAACAAGACCAUACUGAAGGCCAGCGAGAGCGUCAUUCAGGAGUUCAACGGGCGCAUGGUUAAGCUGCAGGUCAAGAACUGUACCGUGGAGGAUGCCGGCAUCUACAAGGUGUCGGUCAGCAACGAACUGCAGAGUGACGAGUGCGAAGCGAAGGUGACGAUUACCCCGAAACCGAAGCCGAAGGACGAGGAGAAGAAGAAGAAGGUUGUCAAAAAGGUGGAAGAGAAGAAGGUUGAGGAGAAGGUUGAAGAGAAGAAGGUCGAGGAGAAGAAGGUUGAAGUCAAACAGGAGAAGGUCUCAUUGAAGGUCGAAGAGAAGAAGGCUGAGAUGAAGGUUGAAGCGAAAAAGACCGAACUGAAGGUUGAGGAGAAGAAGGCCGAGCUCAAGGUCGAAGCCAAGAAGGUGGAAGAAAAGAAGGCCGAAGUUAAGAUUGAGGAGAAGAAGGCCGAGCUCAAGGUGGAGGAGAAGAAGGUGGAAGCAAAGAAGACCAAGAAGGUAGACAAGGUAGAGAAAAUCGAAAUCAAGAUCGAACCCGAGAAGAAGGUUGAAGAAAAGAAGGUCGAAGAGAAGAAGGCAGUCAAGAAGGAAGAAAAGAUUGAAAUCAAGAUCGAAGAAGACAACGCGGAUGUUCCGAGGAUUAAGGAAACGACACCUGUUCCGAAAGGCUUGGAAGCUCCAAGCAUCGAAAUCAUUCGAGACAAAGGUGGUAGUCGUCGUGGUUCAUUCUUGGAUGACCGCCGUCCAAGUUUGCUGAUGGGCGAUGAUACAAAGCUACGACCAGGGGAAGUUCUCGACGAUCGAAAGAAACGACGACCAUCAAUCGAUGUGCGACGCCCGAGUAUUCAAGAUAUGGACGAGAAGAUCAACCAACCAUCGACGCCACUUCGAGCCAUCGGCGAGGAGGGCAAAGCUGCCGUCAUCGUUGACUUCCAGGAGAGCUAUUCGGCCGUUGAAGAUCAAACCGGUUACAUCUCGAUCCAGGUCGAGGGUAAUCCCGCUCCAACGUGGAAGUUCUUUAAGGGUAUCACCGAGCUGAUCGAUGGCGGUCGCUACAAGCAUCACACCGAUGGUGAAAGUAACACGAUCACCCUUUGCAUUCGCAAAGUCAAGCCAACCGACGAGGGCAAAUACAAGGUUGUUGUUUCCAACGCGCACGGCGAGGACUCGGCCGAGGUGCAGCUGUAUGUGUCCGAUUCCAGCGGUAUGGAUUUCCGUGCGAUGUUGAAAAAGCGAAAGUACGCCAAAUGGGGUAACCAGGAGAAGGAGCCCGACUGGGGCGAUCUUAAGGAGGUCGAGAAACCGAAACCACAGCUGAAGAAAGUGGAACGGAAACAAGAUACCUUCUCGAAACCACUCGUAGAUAUCACCUGCAAAGAGGGUAAGGACAAGAAGGUUGUGUUCGAGGCUACCUUCACCAAACCUAACGCCAAAGCCAAGUGGAUGCUGCGUAAAGAUGAAAUUUUCACCGGGUCCAAGUACAAGUUCAAGGUGGAGGGCGAUGUGUACACGUGUAUAAUCACAAAUCCCCGAACGGAAGAUGGCGGUAAAUAUACACUGGAAAUUGCUGGUGUCUCAUGUUUCGCCUAUCUGACUGUGGAGGAGGCCGAUCCGGUGUACAAGUUUACCAAAACGCUGAAAAAGACCGAAAAGGGAUUCUUGACACACGACACCCACUUGGAGUGCGCGGUCGAUAACUCGUUAGCUCCCAUCUCCUGGUGGAAGGGAGAGACGAAGCUGGAGAACAACGACAAGUACGUUAUCGGCAAGGAUCUGAACGGAACCGUCACACUGAUAAUCAAGAAUUCUACCCUCGCCGAUGCCGAUAACUACACGUGUAAAAUCGAGAAGCAGCCCGACAAAACGGAGACCAAGCUGAAGAUCGUCGAGUACAACUACAAGUUCACCAAGGUGCUCAAGAGCCAACAGCUGUUCGUCAAGGACACCGUCACCUUGGCUUGCGAGCUCGACCAUGUUUUGGGUCAGGUGGAAUGGUUCAAGGGGGAUACCAAGAUUGUGGAAAGCGACAAGAUACAAAUCAUCAAGGAUGGUCGCAAGCAUAAGCUCGUGCUGAAGGACGUCGAAAAGGUUGACAGUGGAAUGUACCGAUGUGUGAGCAACGCCGACAAAACCGAAGCUGAAAUAUUUGUGAAACGACCAAACAAGUUCCUCAAGAAGCUGAAGGAUACCACCGGAGACGAAACGCAGAGAUGCGUGCUCGAGGUACAGGUCCAGGACGAGGAGGCCGACAUCCAGUUCUUCCUUGGCGAAACCGAGCUCAAAAAGAGCGACAAGAUUGACAUCGUUUCAACCGGUGAUGGUACACAUCAGCUGAUCUUCAACAAGCUGGAGCUGACUGACGCAGGGGAGAUCCGCUGCGAGUGUGGUCCACUGACCAGCAAGUGUACCCUUAAGGUGAACAAGAAGGAAACGAAACCGAAAUUCGAUGUUCCACCGAAGGUGGAGGCCCCUGCAAAGGAGGUUAAGGUGUUGGAAGUUCCGUUCUCAACCGGUGAGUCACGCCAAUCCAAGGUCACCGCCAAGGUGUUCAAGGAUGGUAAGCCGGUACCACCGGAAGAUAUUGAUAUAGUUGUAGAGAAGGAUAAGGUCGUUCUUAAGUUCAAGAAAACCGAGUUCAAGGAUUCGGGCGCAUAUAAAAUCGUGCUGGAAAAUGCCACCGGCAAAGAAGAGCAUGACACUGAUAUUGUGUUCCAAGAGAAGCCACCGCCACCGCAAGAUCUUCAGUGCACCAACAUUUUCCAGACCCGCUGUGUGGUCAAGUGGAAGGCACCGGUGAACGAUGGUGGCUCACCGCUGACCAAGUACGUUCUGGAGCGGCAGGAUGUGUUCAAACGGUCCGGGUGGGAACCUCUCGAAGAGGUACCCGGAGACCAGACCAAGUUUGCUGUGACAGAUUUAACCCCGGGCAGACACUACAAAUUCCGAGUGAAGGCUGUCAACAAGAUGGGACAAUCGGAGUACGUUACCAUGGAGGAGGAUAUCAUUGCAAAGGAUCCAUGGACCGAGCCCGACCCACCGCGGGAAUUGAUAAUCUCCGACUGGGACAAGGACUUUGUCGAGCUAUCCUGGAAGGUACCAGCAUCUGAUGGCGGUGCUCCUAUCCAGAGCUAUAAUGUUGAGUACAAACCAUACACGGCUGCGGCUUGGAAACACUUCGAAGAUGUUGGUCCUAAUCAGUUGAAAACAACUUUGCGUGGUCUGAAGGAAGGUGAAACGUUUGAGUUCCGCGUGAGGGCUACCAACCAAGGGGGUGCCAGUAAACCUAGCAACGUAACCGAACCGCUCAAGAUCAGAGAUAGAUACGUCAAGCCGUUCAUUGAGGGUAAUGGCAUUCAAGACAUUACCCUCAAAAAGGGCCAAACGAUACGUUAUUACGUUCAGUACGGUGGAGAACCAGAGCCAGAGGUUGUUUGGCAAAAAGAUGAUGUGCUUAUUAUCUGUGAUUCGGAGAAGCGUAAAACUAUCGAUAUAGAACAUUACGCCACAACUCUGCAAGUUCGACACGCGGUACGUGCCGACUCUGGUAAAUACAAACUAAAACUGAAGAAUGGCAGCGGCGAAUUUGAGACUGCCGCCAAGGUUCUGGUUCUAGACGUUCCCACACAGCCGAUUGGGCCGAUCAAAAUCGAAAAAGCUAGGGCAAACCAUGUUGUUAUUAGCUGGCAACCCCCAGAGGAUUCCGGUGGUUGCCCUUUGACCGGAUACCUCCUGGAAAAGAUGGACGUAGAGAAUGGUACUUGGUUACAAGCUGGGGAAUGUGGUGCCGACCAGCUUACCUUCGACUUCCAGCACCUACAGAAGGGAAGGAAGUUCGAGUUCAGAGUUAAGGCUUACAACAAGGAAGGAGAGUCGACACCACUGGAAACAUUGUUAGCGGUUAAGACUGUCAAUCCGUACGAUCCACCCGAAGCUCCCGGAAAGCCGGCGGUCGAUGACUACGGCGUUGACUUCGUCGAGCUCAAGUGGGAAGCUCCCGAAAAGGAUGGCGGCCGUCCGAUCACUCACUAUAUUGUGGAGUUCAAGAACAAGUUCCUAUCCGACUGGACCGAAUGCGCAAAGACUGAGUCGCCGGAGCCCGUGUGCAAGGUCCAUGGGUUGAAGGAGAAGGUAGUCUACCAGUUCCGAGUACGUGCCGUCAACAAGGGUGGCGCUUCCAAGGCUUCGGAGCCUAGCGAUAACCAUACUGUGAAGCACAAGAACCUUAAACCUCGCAUCGAUCGCACCAACCUGAAGAACGUUACCAUCAAGGUUGGAAAGGCCCAUCUCUGGUCGGUGGACGUGAAGGGAGAACCCGAGCCAGAAAUAGUUUGGAGCUGGCGAGAUAACAUUCCACUAACGGUGUCCGAGAAUAUCAAGGUUGAAACCGCAAAUUACCACACCAAUUUCUCGAUCAAGGAUGCCAAGCGUGCCGAUACCGGCAAGUAUAAGAUAACCGCCAAGAACGCCUCGGGUAAGGACGAGGAGGAGGUCGAGCUGGUGGUGCUGGGUUCGCCUGGUAGAUGCCAGGGUAAACUGGAGAUCUCAAACGUCACCAAGAAGGGCCUGAAGCUGAAGUGGAGGAAACCUGCCGACGACGGUGGUUGUCCGAUCACAGAGUAUAAAAUCGAGAAGUUGAAGAACAAAAACGGCAAGUGGGUGCGUUGUGGCACCGUUAAGGGUGGUCCAGAAGUUUUGGAGGCCGAGAUAACCGGGCUGGAUGAAGGUGCUACCUAUAAGUUCCGUGUGAUUGGUGUCAACUCAGAGGGCGAAUCGGAACCACUGGAAUCGGACGAGGUUGUUGCUAAGAACCCGUAUGACGAACCGUGGAAACCCGGUCAACCGGAGAUCGUCGACUACGACAACAAAUCUGUCAAACUUAAGUGGGCUCCUCCGAAGUCUGAUGGUGGUGCUCCGAUCUUGAACUAUGUCGUCCAGAAGAAGGAGCGCUUCAAGGAAUGGGAAGAUGUCGUUGAGGUACCCGGACCUGAGGCUACAAUUGAGGACUUGAAGGAGAACACCGAAUGGCAGUUCCGUGUCAUUGCCGUGAACAAAGCUGGCCGUUCGCCUGAGUCUGAACCAACGAAUACGCAUAAGGUUAAGCAUCGCGCAUUGAAACCUCGCAUCGAUCGCACGAACCUCAAACCUAUCGUCGUUCGCUCUGGAAAGAUGGUACACUACGAUGUCAACGUGAAGGGUGAACCGGAGCCGGAGAUCACAUGGAUUGUUAAGGAGAAACAUGUCGUGAACGAUGACCACUAUGAAAUUAUUAACCAGAAUUAUAACACGAAGUUCACCAUCAAGGAGAGCUUACGUAAACACAGUGGUUUGUACGAGAUUCAGGCUAAGAAUCAACACGGUAUGGACAAAGAAGUGGUCGAAAUCACAGUUCUCGCGAGCCCGAGCAAACCGAAGGGACCUUUGGAGGUUAAGGACGUUACCAAGAAUGGUUGCAAGCUCAAGUGGAAGAAACCUGACGAUGACGGAGGAAAACCAAUCACAGCGUAUGAGCUUCAAAAGUACGAUCAAAAGGUUGGUCGCUGGGUACCGAUCGGAAAGGCGCCGGGAGAUGCCGAAGAGUUCGACGUCACCGGACUGCAGGAAGGACAGCAUUAUAAAUUCCGUGUUAAAGCUAUUAACGAAGAGGGAGAAUCUGAACCACUGGAGACAGAAGAAUACAUUGUGGCAAAAAAUCCCUUCGAUGUACCAAAGGCUCCGCAGGAUUUGGUUAUCCACGAUUGGGACAAUGCCAGUGUUACCCUGCAGUGGAAACGUCCUCUUUCGGAUGGUGGAGCUCCGAUCACUGGGUACUGCAUUGAGAAAAAACUGCGUGGGGACAACAAGUGGGAACCGGCCCUUACCACAUUCAGUCCCGAAUGCCAAGCAAAGGUUGGUGAUUUGCCAGAGAAAAACACCUACCAGUUCCGUGUUAGUGCAAUCAAUAAGGCCGGAACUGGCGAAGCUUCAGAUCCAACUAACUUCCACACUAUUAAACAUCGUUAUCUGCGUCCACGUAUCGACCGCACCAACCUGGUGCCAAUCACCAUCAAGGCGGGUCUGUCUGUGCAGUACGACAUUGAUAUCGAGGGUGAGCCAGCACCAACUGUCAAGUGGUUCCAUGGCGAGAAGGAAAUUGCCACUGAUGCGGACUACAAGAUCGACAAUGUGGAUUACAAUACAAAGUUUUUCGUUCUGCGUGGACGUCGCAAUAUGAGCGGAAAGUAUACCAUUGUUGCCACCAACUCUCAGGGCGAGGAUCGUGCCGAGGUUGAAGUAACAAUCCUCAGCAAGCCUGGUAUGCCACAGGGACCUCUGGAAGCGUCGGAUGUACACAAGCAUGGCUGCAAGCUGAAGUGGAAGGCACCAUUGGACGACGGUGGUAUGCCAAUCGAAGGUUACGAGAUCGAGAAGUUGGAUCCACUUACCGGACAAUGGAUCCCAUGUGGUCAAAGCAGCACACCGGAAGCAAACAUCGCGGGUCUCCAGGAGGGCAAGCAGUACAAGUUCCGCGUCAAGGCUUUCAAUAAGGAAGGUGACAGCGAGCCUCUUGAAAUGGAAACCGUUGUUAUCGCUAAGGAUCCGUACAGUGAACCGAGUAAACCCGGCCGACCCACACCAACCAACUGGAGCAAGGACUUUGUGGAAUUGGAAUGGGCUAAACCGAAGUCGGACGGAGGUGCUCCAAUCACCGAGUACAUUAUCCAGAAGCGAGACAAAGCAAGCCGCAAGUGGCAGGAUGCUGCCGCAGUCAGCGGUGAUCGUACCCGUGGUGUCGUGGAAGACGUUGAGGAGGGUCAUGAGUACGAGUUCCGUGUGGUUGCAGUCAACAAAGCCGGUCCAUCGGAGCCUAGCGACAUCUCCGAUAGCGUUGUUGCUAAGCCAAGAUUCCUGGCACCAAGAAUUGAUAGGAAGAAUUUGGACAAGAAGGUGCUGCGCAGUGGACAGUUGCUUAACGUUGAGGCCAAUGUUACCGGCGAACCAGCGCCAAAGGUCACUUGGGAACUUAAGGGUACACCAAUUCUCGGCAAGGAGGGUGACCGAGUACGACUGGACAAUGAAGAUUACAAGACUAAUUUGAUUAUUAGAAAUUUGAAACGUUCCGAUUCAGGCAUUUAUAAAGUUACCGCUAAGAACGAUUCUGGCACUGAUACCGUGGAAAUGGAAGUUGUCGUGCUAGCGAAACCAUCGAAGUGUAUGGGUCCACUGAAGGUGUCCGAUGUGACUGCCGAGGGAUGUAAACUGGCCUGGCUACCACCCGAGGAUGACGGUGGCGAACCGAUUCAGGCCUAUGUCGUUGAACGCAUGGAUGUCGACAGUGGUCGCUGGAUUCAGGUUUGUGAGUCUCGCUUCCCGGAGGCCGAUGUUACCGGACUGCAGGAAGGCAAGGACUACAUGUUCCGAGUGAAGGCCGUCAAUAGCGAAGGUGAGUCUGAACCACUGGAGACGGACACUAGCGUUCGUGCCAAAAACCCGUACGAUGCACCAAGUGCUCCUGGAAAGCCAAAGGCUACCGACUGGUCGAGAAAGCACGUCCACCUGGAAUGGACGGAACCAUCAAGCGAUGGUGGUGCCCCGAUUACGAAAUACAUUAUUGAAAAGAAGGACGUUAACAGUACCAAGUGGCAAAAGGCUAUGGAAACUGAUGGACCAGUCAACAAAGCUAAGGUGUCCGAUCUGUUCGAGGGUACUACUUAUCAGUUCCGUGUGAAGGCUGUGAACAAGGGUGGCCACAGUCCGUACUCGCCGUUGUCCGAUCCAGUUUUGGUCAAGGAUCGUUUCGCUCCACCAAGAAUCGAUCGCUCGACUCUCAAGAAUCUGACGCUGAAGGGCGGUCAAACUCUGAAGUUGGACUGCAAGGUUAGUGGCGAACCGGCACCAUCCAAAUACUGGUUGUUGAACAAGGCACGAGUGGAGAAAGAUGAUGCAGUGGUUCGUGCAGAAUUUGAAGAUUACCGCGCCAAACUUACCAUCGGAAAUGUGACUCGUGCACACAAUGGCACUUAUGAAAUCAAGGCCGAAAACGCUUCCGGAUUUGAUGAGGUUCAAAUCAACAUCACUGUUCUCGACAAACCAACCGCUCCCGAGGGCCCGUUGAAGGUAUCGAACGUACAUAAGGAGGGUUGUUCGUUGAAGUGGAACCCACCGCUAGACGAUGGUGGCGUCCCGAUCGAUCACUAUAAUGUUGAAAAGUUCGACAAGGAGACCCAGCGCUGGCUUCCGGUUGGACGUACGCCCGAUACGCAUAUGGAAGUCGGAAACUUGGAACCUGGACAAGAAUAUUUGUUCCGCGUGUCCGCUGUUAACGAUGAAGGUGUUUCGGAACCGUUGGCCACCGAGCAGUAUAUGGUAGCGAAGAAUCCGUUCGACGAGCCUGGCAAACCAGGAACACCGGAAGCCUAUGACUGGGACAAAAAUUACAUCGACCUUCGCUGGACGCCACCGAUGAGUGAUGGAGGCUCUCCGAUUACCAAGUAUAUAGUUGAAAAACGUGAGCACGGAACCGUUAAGUGGAUAAAAUGUGCGGAAGUCAUUGGUAACAAAUGCGAGGCUAAGGUGACGGACUUGAACGAGGGUGAAGUUUAUGAGUUCAAGGUUCGGGCCGUCAACGAGGCUGGUCCAGGCGUGUGGAGUGACCAGAGCAAACCAAUUACUGCUAAACCGAGAAAAUUGGCACCAAAGAUCGAUCGCAGAAAUCUGAAGAACCUGAGUGUUGCUAUUGGGGAGCCGUUUGGUUUCGAUGUUAAGAUAUCUGGAGAGCCUGCCCCUGAUGUCGACUGGACUAUCAACGAUCGUAUGGUUACCGUUACAACGACGCGCACUAUUGAUAAUGUACCGUACAACAGCAAGUUCGUUAACACGAACCCUGAUCGUCGUGACUCUGGCAAGUACGUUAUUAAGGCCACCAACAAAUUCGGCAGUGACCAAGUUGAAAUCACUGUUACUGUGAGAUCAAAACCAAGCAUCCCAGAGGGUCCAUUGGAAGUCAAGGACAUGACCAAGGAUAGCUGUCGUCUUGAGUGGCAGAAACCGAAAGAUGAUGGUGGUGUUCCAAUCGAUCACUAUGUCAUCGAAAAAUUCGACCCAGAUAAUGGCAUUUGGAUGAACGCUGGCAAAACCGACGGACCGAUCACUGAAGCCCCAGUUGACGGUUUGAUUCCAGGCCAUCGUUACAAGUUCCGGGUGAAGGCUGUGAACGCUGAGGGCGAAUCAGAACCAUUGGAGACUGCUGGAACCGUUGUGGCGAAGGAUAGUUUCUCUGCUCCGGACACUCCAAGUGCUCCCACCGUUGCUGAUUGGUCCGAGAAUCACGCCGUUCUUAAGUGGCCAGAACCCGACGAUGGCGGUAGCCCGAUCACCGGCUAUAUUAUCGAGAAGAAGGACAAGUACAGUCCAAUCUGGGAGAAGGCCUGUGAAACAACCUCUCCGACGCCAACUGCAACUGUCGGUGGUUUGGUCGAGGGCAACGAGUAUCAGUUCCGUGUUAUUGCUGUGAACAAGGCCGGUCCAUCCGAUCCAUCGGAUGCUAGCCGCACAUUUACCGCCAAGCCACGUUUCGCCCCACCGAAAAUCGAUCGUCGUACCAUCCGAGAUGUCUCCAUUUCGGCUGGAUCGAUGCUCAAAUUCGAUGUCAGUGUCGCUGGUGAACCCGCGCCCAAAUGUGAGUGGCGAAUCAACAAAGCAACCAUUCCGAGCGACAAGAGGGUUGAAGUGCUCAACACCGACUACAACUCCAAGUUCAUCAUGCGCCCAGCCAACCGUGCUGACUCGGGAGAUUACGAAAUUACUGCAACCAACUCGUCCGGGCGUGAUCAGGUUUGUGUCCAGGUCAUCGUUACUGAUAAACCAACCGCUCCGGAAGGACCACUGCAAGUGUCGGAUGUUACCAAGGAAACAUGCAAACUCAAGUGGAAACGGCCACGCGACGACGGAGGUUGCGACAUCGAGUACUAUCAAAUUGAACGCUACGACGAUGACGUUAAGGCUUGGGUACCACACGCUCGAAGUGUAGAAACCAAUGCCGAUAUCAGUGGGCUGCAGAACGGAAAGAAGUACAAGUUCCGUGUAAGUGCGGUCAAUGCCGAGGGCGAGUCGAAACCUCUCGAACAGGUUGGAGAUUUCAUUGCGAAGAAUCCGUUCGACGAACCGUCCGCUCCACGCGACUGCAAGGCUACCGAUUGGGGUCCAGACUUUGUCAAACUUGCCUGGCAGCCUCCGGUUAGUGAUGGCGGUUCACCGGUCACAGGAUAUGUUGUGGAAGUUAAGGAUAAAUAUGGUGAAUGGGAGCGGAAAAUGCAAGUUCCAGCGGAUGCAACCAGUGCAACCGUACCCGAACUCAUGGAAGGUCAGAAAUAUGAGUUCCGAGUGCGUGCUGUCAAUGACGCGGGUCCCAGCGAUCCAAGUAACGCUACUCAACCGAUCACCUGUAAGCCGAAAAACCAACCACCGAAGAUCGAUCGCACGAAUUUGAUUGACGUUCGUAUCAAGGCCGGUAAUAAUGUGACCUUCGAUGUCAAGGUUAGCGGUGAACCGAUACCGACUACCAGGUGGUCACUGAACAAGCGCGAACUGAAGCAAAAUGAGCGCUUCAAGAUUCAGAACUACGACUACAAUACCAAGAUUAUUAUACGUUCAGCUACGCGUGGAGAAUCGGGUACGUACACCAUUGAGGCCGAAAACGAGAAUGGUAAGGACACCGCCAACGUGUUCGUUACUGUGCUUGAUGUGCCAAGUCCACCGGGAGGACCGCUCAAGGUUGCCGAAAUAACCGCCAACGGAGCGGUGCUGGAAUGGCGUGCACCAGAAGAUGACGGAGGUCUACCGAUCGAUAACUACAUCAUUGAGAAACUUGACGAGACCAAGGGAACCUGGGUGUACGCUGGAGAUUCCGGUAGCAACAAAUGCCAGGCCGAAAUUGAUGGUCUUAUCGAGGGUCACUCGUACAAAUUCCGCGUUCGUGCUCAGAACAAGAUGGGCAAAUCGGAGCCACUGUCGAUGGCUAACGCUGUGGUGGCGAAGAAUCCAUUCCGUGCACCAAGCCGACCGGACAAUGUGGUUAUCAAGGAUUAUGACAGAGACUACGUCGAGCUGGAAUGGAAGGCUCCAGAAAACGAUGGUGGAGCUCCAAUUACAGGUUACGUGGUUGAAAAACUCAGCAAGUACUCGGGAGAUUGGGAGAAAUGUGCCGAAGUGGAGGGAGACAAUUGUAUUGCCAAGGUGCCGGAUCUCAUCGAAGGAGCUGCGUAUCAGUUCCGUGUGAAGGCAGUCAAUCGCGCUGGAGAAGGUGAAGCGAGUCGACCAACCGAAUCUCACAUUGCUCGCAGCAAGAAUCAACCACCCCGAAUCGAUCGCAACUCGCUGUCCAACGUCAAGAUUCGUGCCGGUCUCACGUUCGAGUUUGACGUUCCGGUACAGGGAGAACCCAUUCCAGCCAAGGAGUGGUCUCACAAGGACAAUAUGAUCAUCAAUACCGAUCGGGUUAAGGUGGUUUACGAAGAUUACCGGACAAAGCUACGCGUUAUGGACGUUAAGCGUGGUGAUAGUGGAGUUUACACACUGACGGCUAAGAAUAAGAAUGGUGUUGACAUCGCUGAUGUUAAUGUGACGGUCUUGGACGUUCCAGCUCCACCGGAAGGACCGAUUCGUCACGAAAACUUGUCGAAGAAUGGCGUCACACUAAUGUGGCGUCCUCCAAAGGACGAUGGUGGCUCGGAGAUUCUGCACUAUGUUGUUGAGAAGCUCGAUACCGAUCAACUCCGGUGGAUUCCGGUUGGGGAAACUAUCUCCACCAAGAUUCGUCCGGAUAAUUUGAUUGAGGGACACUCCUAUCAGUUCCGCGUUCGUGCUGUCAACAAGCAGGGCGAAUCAAUCCCAUUGGCUACCUCGCAACCAAUCACUGCGAAGGAUCCGUACGCUAAGCCCGAUAAACCAGGCAAACCAGUGGUCGUUGAUUGGAGUGAUAACCACGUCAACCUCGAAUGGAGCAUUCCAAAGAAGGAUGGUGGUGCUCCAAUCACAAGCUACAUCGUUGAGAAGAAACCUCGCUAUGGCGAUUGGAAGUUUGCUGGUGAGUUCACAGAGCUGUACAAACCAUCGGCGAAAAUAGCCGAUUUGACCAAGGAUGAAGAGUACGAGUUCCGUGUUUGUGCCGUCAACAAGGCGGGAGUUAGUGAUCCCAGCGAAUCGUCCGACCCGGUCGUAUGCAAGUCUCGAUUCGUGCCUCCACACUUCGACAAGAAUGCACUGAAGGAUUUGAUUGUCCCGGUGGGCAAGAAGAUCGCUUAUAACGUCAGCGUUGAGGCCUCUCCAAAUGUUACCGCCACGUGGAAGCGUGAUGGUGUUGUAAUCCCUGAAUCGCAACGCGUUAUUCGUGAAGCUUUCAACAAUGAAAUUUCGUUGGAGAUUCCAUUCUCGGUUCGUGAAGAUAGCGGAAUGUACACGCUGAUCGUGAAAAACGAAUGCGGCGAAUACUCGGCCUCUGGUCAUGUUACUGUUUUGGAUAAACCGUCACCACCGGAAGGCCCGCUUAGAAUUAGCAACAUCACAACCGAGGGUUGCCGUCUGGAAUGGAAACUGCCCAAGGAUGAUGGUGGUAGUCCGAUCACUCACUAUGUCAUCGAGAAGAUGGAUAUGUCUCGUGGCACAUGGUCUGCGGCUGGAAUGAGUACUUCUCUGAUCAACGAAAUUUCACGCUUAAUUCAUAACAAGCGCUACUCGUUCAGAGUGAAGGCGGUGAACGAGAUCGGCGAAUCGGAAGCCCUGGAAUCGUCUCAUCCGAUUAUCGCGAAGAAUGAUUUCGAAGAACCAUCGCAGCCCCCGAAACCACAGGUUGUCGAUUGGGACGCCAACUCGGUUAGCUUGGAGUGGAACGCACCGAAAUCGGACGGUGGUGCACCAAUCACCGAAUAUAUCGUUCAGAAGAAGGAGAAAGACAGCCCAUACUGGAGUACUGCUGGUCGUGUACCUGGAAUCCAGCGUAACCUCAAAGUACCAGAUUUGGCCACCGAAACCGAAUGGGAGUUCCGCGUUAUUGCUGUGAACGCUGCCGGCGAAUCAGAGCCAUCCGAUGCUUCGGAUGCUGUUCUUACCCGAUCCAGGUUUGUGGCGCCGAAGAUCAUUACGCCGCUGCACGAUAUGGUUGUCAAGGCUGGACUCAUUUUCCAUUUGGAUGUGAACUUCACCGGAGAACCAGUGCCGGAAGUUACCUGGACACUGAACGGCAAACCCGUGGAAACCGAUAAACGCACGACAUUGACCGCUGUUGGACAUCAUACGAUUGUUCAUACAGUUAACUGCAAUCGUGGUGAUUCUGGUGAUUACAAACUGGUCAUCAGCAACUCAAGCGGUUCGGAUGAGGGAAGCUUGCAUUUGACUGUUCUCGACCGUCCGGAUCCACCGGAGGGACCAAUGAACUAUGAAGAAAUCACAGAGAAGAGUGUUACAAUCUCGUGGAAGCCACCGAAGGACAAUGGUGGCUCUGAACUCACCGGAUACGUUGUGGAGAAGAAAGAUCUUACUCAUGGAGGCGGCUGGGUUCCAGCGGUUGCUUAUGUGAGCCCGAAAUAUACUCACACCGUCGUGCCACGCUUGAACAAGGGUAACAAAUACGAGUUCCGUGUAAUGGCCGAGAAUCUCCAGGGACGUUCCGAUGGACUGCCCAGCAAACAUCCAGUUGUUGCCAAGGAUCAAUUCGUACUUCCUGGACCACCAACCAAACCGGACUUCAUUGACAGUAACUAUGAUCAAAUCACGCUCAGCUGGAAACCACCAAUCAGCGAUGGCGGCUCCAGAAUCACUGGAUACAACAUUGAGCGUCGUGAUGUUGCCACCGGUCGAUGGAUCAAGGCUAACAAACAUCCAGUACCGAACAUUGAGUUCACUGAUACUGGCGUUAUCAAGGGACAUCAGUAUGACUACCGGGUGUCGGCUGUCAAUGCUGCUGGCCAAGGCAAUCCUAGCGACGUAUCCAACAAAUGCUGGGCUAGACCAAUGCAGCAAGCUCCCGCGCUCAACAUGGACGGCUUUGCCAAGAGAACCAUCAAAGUACGUGCUGGUGAACCGAUCAUCAUCACUAUUCCUCUGGUUGGAGCUCCUGUUCCGACUGUGGAAUGGUUCCGCAAUGGAGUUAAAGUACCGGAGACUUCACGUAUCUCGGUUGACACCAACAGUGAACGAACCGUGUUCCGUGUGGAGAAGAGCGAUCGUAAUGAUUCGGAUACAUACAAGAUUAAGGCUUCCAACCAGUACGGUGAGGACGUGAAAGAGUUUGAAGUCAUCGUCGUUGAUAGACCGCAGCCACCGAGAAAUGUGUUCGCUCUGGAAACUACCCAAGAUACCGUCACCCUUAACUGGGAUCCACCGAAGGAUGAUGGCGGUUCGGAAAUAACCGGAUACAGUAUUGAGUACAAGGAGUUCCCGUCGGACAACUGGAAGAUGGUUUAUGGAUCUGUUCCUCGUUGCUCGCACACUAUCAAACAUUUGACCGAGAACCACGAAUACAUCUUCCGUGUUCGUGCCGAAAACAUCUAUGGUGCUUCGGAACCAACCGAAAGCAAAACCAUUUCGCCGAAGAACCCAGAUCCACCGGAGACUGUAGACAAGCCGACCAUCGACGAUUACACACCAAGUUCGUGUACAAUCUCCUGGAAGGCACCACGCGUGCAAACCCGACCCAUCACCGGUUACAUCGUCGAGAAGCGUGAGCGUGGCUCUGGAGAAUGGACCCAAGUUAACAACUAUCCCACCGUCAACCUUACGCAUACGAUUCCCGAUCUGGUGGAAGGCUUCCGUUACGAGUUCCGUGUCAAGAGUGUCAACGAUGUAGGUGUUGGAAAGCCAAGUGAACCGACAGAUCCAAUAACUGCCCAGUACCAGCGCAAACGUCCAAAUCAACCGGAUCCACCAUCGAUCGACAAAAUCACUCGCAGCAGUGUCACACUUUCGUGGCGUACCCUGCGCAGGGACGCAAAGGAAAAGAUCAAGGGAUAUAUUGUACAAUACCGUAUCAAGGACGCCGAGAAGUGGCUAGAUGCUAAUACGAUGGCCGAUCUGAUUUCCGACCAGUCGUAUCGUGUCGAUAAUCUGGAGGAGAACAAAGAGUAUCAGUUCCGUCUGAUUGCCGUGAACGAUAUUGGUUCGUCCGAUCCAUCCCGUCCCAGCAUUAACGUUAUCCUGCAAGAACAACCCAACAAGCCAAUGAUGGAUCUUCGCAAUGUUCGCGAUAUCACCGUUAGAGCUGGUGAUGAUUUCAAUAUUCAUGUUCCAUACGUCGCUUUCCCGAAACCGCUUGCCAGUUGGCUCGCCAACGACGAACAGCUUGAUGAUGGUGAUGCUCGUAUUCACAGACAACUCACAGAUGAAGCCGCUAGUAUUGUGGUCACAAACAGCAAGCGUUCCGACUCUAAGCAGUACCGCUUGAUGUUGAAGAAUCCAUCGGGAUGUGAUAUCGCCUGCUGCAAUGUUAAGGUUUUGGACCGACCAGCGAAGCCUGAAAAUAUUGGGGUUGAAUCGUACGGAGGUGAACAUCUGAUCCUAUGCUGGAACCCACCGUUGGAUGAUGGUGGUUCUCCGGUUACAAACUACGUUAUCGAGAAGAAGGACAAGAGUUCUACGAGCUGGACGAAGGUCAGCAGCUACUGCACCGCUACAUUCCUCAAGAUCAGAAACUUGCGCAUCAACCAGCUGUAUGACUUCCGAGUGUACGCUGAAAACAAAUACGGACUUUCCGAACCAGCACAGGCUGAUUCGAUUGUGGCCAGACAUCCGUUCGAUGUGCCAACUCAGCCAGGAACGCCCACACACGUGGAAACCACCGAGGACUCUAUCACCAUCACAUGGGCGAAGCCGGCAAGCAAUGGUGGAUCGCCAAUCACCCAUUACGUUGUCGAGAAGCGUUUGGCUUCCGAAGGAGGCUGGUCGAAGGUGCAGCAAGGAACUCUCAGAGAUUUGGUUUGCAAAGUGUCGGGACUCACCGACAACCGCGAGUACUGCUUCCGUGUUGCGGCUGUUAACGCCGCAGGCCAAAGUUCAUUCAGCUCGCCGUCGGAUCCGAUCAUGGUCACAGCCGCAUUCAGUGCUCCCAAAAUCACGUCUGACAUUGGAAUGCGCGACAUUCUCGUCAUUGCGAGAGAUCCGUUCAAGAUCAUCGUUCCAUUCAGCGCUACUCCGAGACCGGAUGCCUUCUGGUUGGUCAACGGAAACGAAGUCUCCAGAAAUGAACGAAUCGAGCUACCUGUCACCGAUACCGAAGCUGUCUUUAAAAACGAUUCUGCUAAGCGAUUGGAUAGCGGAAGCUAUACCAUCCAUUUGGUCAACUGUAUUGGAAAGGACACUGCUUCAUGUCGUGUAUUGGUUGUCGAUAAACCAACGCCACCAAUUGGUCCUCUUGAAGUCACCGAAAUCACCCCAGAAUCUUGCACUCUCUCGUGGAAGGUUCCACAGGAUGAUGGCGGUAGCCCAAUAACGAACUACAUUGUUGAACGCUAUGAACCUCUCGGAUACUGGACGAAGGCCAGUAGUUUUGUACGCAACACGCACUAUGACAACAUGGGUAUGGAAGCGAACAAACCGUACAACUUCAGAGUACGCGCUGAGAACCAGUACGGUGUCAGUGAUCCCCUGAUUCUGGAGGAACCAAUCAUUGCGCGCUAUCCAUUCACAGUUCCGGAUCCACCGAAUCCACCCCGUGUUACCGAUUGGGACUCAAACUAUGUCACCGUCACAUGGGAACGCCCGCUUAUGGACGGUGGAUCACGCAUUCAAGGCUAUCGCUUCGAGUACAGAGAUGUUUCGGAUAGCUCCUGGAUUGUGUGUAACUUCCUGAUCAAGGACAAUACCUAUCAAGUGUACAACUUGUUGCCCGGUCGUGAGUAUGAAUUCCGUGUUCGUGCUCAGAAUGCUGCCGGUGUAAGCAAGCCUUCCGCUUCGUCCAAGAAGUUCAAGAUUCACAGCAAGAUUACAGCCCCAACUGCUCCGGGAGCCCCGGCAAUCGUUAAGGUUGGCAAGAGCUUCGUUGAUCUCAGCUGGACCCCACCGGCCAGUGAUGGUGGCUCGAGAAUCAUCGGUUACUACGUCGAACGUCGGGAUAUUGGAGGAGCUCGCUGGGUCAAGUGUAACGAGACCAACAUCCCAGUCACCGAACUCACUGUCUCGAAUCUCAUCGAGGGAGGAGUGUACGAGUUCCGUGUCUAUGCUGUCAAUAAUUACGGAAUUUCUCCACCAUCUGCUGAAACUCGCUCGGUCAGAAUUGGCGAACAGCUGGAUACCGAGAAGCCUGAAUGGGUGCAGAGGUUGAAGUUCAACCUGGUCCCACUUGGAAAAUCGGUACAGUUGACUUGCGAAGCCCACGGAAAGCCAGAACCGACCUGCAGAUGGUUGCGCAACGGAAAGGAAAUCACCCAUGGCGGACAAUAUGCCCUGGAGAGCAAGAAUGGUGUAUUCUCGUUGCACAUUUCCAAUGUGACCUACCGAGACGAGGGUGACUACACUUGUGAGGCACUCAACUUUGUGGGUGUGAUCCAUACUACCGCAGCGGUGAAGAUCGGAGUGCCACCGAAGCUUGUCAAUAUUCCAUCGGAUGUGUAUCUGGUCAAGGGAGACAAUGCCAAGAUCAAGCUUGGAUUCAGUGGGGAUCAGCCAAUGGAGGUUAACAUUUCGAAGGAUCGUGAGAAGCUUAUCGAAACUGAGCACAUCAAAUACACCGUGUUCGAUGACUACGCGGUUAUCUACAUCCGCGAUGUGGAGGACAGGGAUAGAGGAGUAUAUUUGGUCAACUUCAAGAACGACAGUGGAAGUGUGUCUUGCAACGUAAAUGUACAUGUUACUGGACUGCCUGGACCACCAACGGGACCCCUACUUAUCAGCCAUGUUACGAAGAAUAUGUGCACCGUGUCGUGGAAACCACCAACCCGUGACGGUGGCCGGAAGGUUUCUCACUAUGUUGUUGAGCGUCGUGAUAUCAAGUCGCAGCAUUGGCUAAUUGUUGCCAAUUACGUCAAGGAAUGCCAGCUGAUUAUAAAGGGACUGAUCGAGUUCUCAGAAUAUCUAUUCCGAGUUUCUGCAGUCAAUGAGAACGGAAUGGGUCCGGCCCUGGAAGGAGCUGAUGCAAUCAAGGCUCGUGGUCCGUACGAUCUGCCGUCUCCUCCUGGUAUUCCAAUCAUCCACGAAGUGGGAGGCGAUUUCGUCAAUCUGGAAUGGGACAAACCAUGGUCGGAUGGAGGAUCUCGUAUUCUGGGCUACUGGAUCGAGAAGCGCGAACAGGGUAGCGAAACCUGGCAGCGUGUCAAUACAGUUUCAUGCUCGAUCUGCACCAUCAACUGUACAAAUCUGGUUGAAGGACGCUUCUAUGAAUUCCGCGUGGCGGCCCAGAAUGAGGUGGGUGUUUCUGAGUUCUCGAAGGCUUCACAGCUGGUGAGGGCCGAGGAUCCAGAUGUAUGCAAACCACCAGAGGUUGUGAAACCACUAAAUACACUGACAUGCGUUCAGAACCGAAGCGUUGAGUUCGUUUGUAAGAUCACCGGUGUGCCUCGUCCCAAGAUCACCUGGCAUAAGGGAGCUCGUGAAAUUUGCUCUGGAUCACGGUAUCACAUGUACAGCGAUGGAGAUACGCACCAUCUGGCGAUCAACGACGUGUUCGGUGAGGAUGCCGACGAGUACACUUGCCGUGCCGUCAACAAGGGAGGAAUCAAAUCCACGAAGGCUUCGCUCGUCAUCAAAUCUCCACCGAAGCUCAACGUUCCACCACGUUUCCGCGACACUGCCUUCUUCGAUAACGGAGAGAACAUUGAAAUCAAGAUUCCGUUCACUGGAUUCCCCAAACCACGUUGCCACUGGAAUCUCAAGGGCGAACAGAUCGAAUCCGGUAUCCAUUAUCACAUUGAAACUCGCGAACGACACACCGUGCUUACCAUCCGCGAUGGAUCUCAGUUCGACUCCGGCACUUACACCAUCACUAUCGAGAACGAACUUGGACAGGACACUGCAGAUAUUAGCAUCCAAAUUAGCGAUCGCCCGGAUAGACCGAAGAAUCUCACCGUCGACCAGAUCGGACUGGAUCAUGUCACUCUCAGCUGGCUGCCACCUUCCUGGGACGGAGGCGCAAGCAUUACAAACUACAUUGUCGAGAAACGUGAAGUUCCACUGUCGACCUGGAUUCGCGCUGGUACUACCCGCUUCAAUCAGCUCAUCAUUCCACACCUGUCGCCUGGUCAUCAGUAUGAGUUCCGAGUGUUCGCUGAGAAUGUGUACGGUCGAUCCGAUCCAUCGGAUCAAACAGAGUUGGUUAGUCUGAAGGAUCUGGGCAUCAAACAGGUCAAGCGUGUGAAGUACGAGCUGGAUGAGAACGGCAAACCGAAGCGCCAGGGUAAGCGUGAACCGAUCGGCGAUUAUGACACGUACGUGUUCGAUAUCUACUCCAAGUAUGUUCCGAAACCGGUGGAGAUUUCCAACAAGAGCGUUUACGAUCAGUACGAAAUUCUGGAAGAGAUCGGUACCGGAGCUUUCGGUGUGGUCCACCGAUGCCGUGAGCGUAAGACCGGCAAUGUGUUUGCUGCGAAGUUCAUUCCGGUAUCAACAAAUUCAGAGCGUGAUCUGAUCCGUAAGGAGAUCGAUAUCAUGAAUCAACUACACCACCGCAAGUUGAUCCAUUUGCACGAUGCCUUCGAAGAUGACGACGAGUUUGUGCUGAUUUACGAAUUCCUGUCCGGUGGUGAGCUGUUUGAACGCAUCACCACGGAAGGCUACCGCAUGUGUGAACAGGAGAUCAUCGAGUACAUGAAGCAGAUUUGUGAAGCUGUGAAGUACAUGCACGAGAAGAACAUCAUCCAUCUGGACAUUAAGCCGGAGAAUGUGAUGUGCCAGACGAGGAAUAGCAAUCAGGUGAAACUGAUCGAUUUCGGACUGGCCACCCGCCUUAAUCCGAAUGAAAUGGUGAAGAUUUCGACCGGAACAGCUGAAUUUGCUGCACCAGAAAUUGUCGAACGCGAACCGGUUGGUUUCUACACGGAUAUGUGGGCAGUUGGUGUGUUGGCCUAUGUACUGAUCAGUGGUCUGUCGCCGUUUGCCGGAGAAACCGACAUCGACACCUUGAAGAAUAUCAAGCAAGGUACCUGGGAGUUCGAUGAAGUCGCAUUCAAGGACGUAUCGGAAGAAUGUAAGGACUUUAUUCGGCGUUUGCUGAUUAGGAACACGGACAAACGUAUGACCGCUCACGAGUGCCUGAUACACGCUUGGUUGAGCGAUUCCUAUAAUAGCUCGACGUCUUUAAUCUCGAUUGAGCGAUACAAAACUAUACGCGAUCACAUCCGCAGAAAGUACGACGACUGGGCAUCAUUCGUUCUGCCGCUGGGUAGAUUAUCGGAGUACUCCGCGCUACGGAAACUGCUUGUCACCAAGUACAAGAUUCAUGAAACAUCGUUCGAUCGCCGGCAGGCCGCUCCACGGUUUGUCAUUCGUCCACAGUCCGCGUUCUGCUACGAAGGCCAGAGCUGCAAAUUCUACUGCCGUGUUAUUGGUGUGGCAACUCCUGUUGUAACGUGGUAUCACAACAAUCAAGAACUCAAGCAAUCGGUCAAAUUCAUGAAGCGUUAUGCCGGUGAUGACUACUACUUCAUCAUCAACCGAGUCAAGUUGGAUGACCGCGGCGAGUAUAUCAUCCGUGCCGAGAACCAUUACGGCGCUCGCGAGGAGGUUAUCUUCCUCAACGUUCACCCAAUGUCCAAACAAAUCCCCGUGUACAAACCGGAGACCUUCACUAUCAGAAAGCGAGAACCAAGCCCACGUCCAUUGUGGCAAGAGGAAUCCGAUGCUGCUCCAGUUUUCACGUUCGCUUUGCGUCCACGUGUAAUGCAGUGCCGAGAUGUCUGCAAGCUGCUCUGCUGUGUCAGUGGAAAACCAGUGCCCACUGUGAAGUGGUUCAAGAACGGACGCGAGCUUAGCCGAUUCGAGUACGCCAUGACUCAUACCGAUGGCGUUGUGACGAUGGAGAUUAUCGACACCAAGAUCGCGGACUCCGGCGAGUACAAGUGCGUUGCGGUUAAUCCUCUCGGCAAAGCGGAAACAAGCUGCGUUGUGAUUGUUGAAGAUCGUCGCCACCAUACGAUUGAGCCGACGGCGGAAGGAAGGAAACUUUCGAUCAAGCGGCCUGAAAUUAAGGCCCCAGCCUCGAAACAACUUGGACCACCAGAUGCCCGUUCCCGUCAAUCAACUCGUGAAUUAAUGCCCCUGCAAUCGGACAGCUUGAUGCAUCCACCAGAGUUCACCGCGAAACUUAAGGACGUCCUAGCUUCCGACGGCGAACCACUGCAACUCAACUGCCAUGUCAGCGGUGACCCGCUGCCACAGAUCACGUGGACCAAAAAUGGCAAGAAACUGACAUCCUCAGCUGUAAUCGACAUCAAGUACAAAUCUGGAAUUGCUAGCCUCCGAAUCAAUGAACUGUUCCCAGAGGACUCCGGUACCUAUGUGUGUACGGCAAAGAAUUCCAUGGGAGAAACCUCGACACAGUGUGUGCUGGAUGUUAAGAAGGGACCUGGUUCAACGGCUCGGCCCGCGGAGAAGAAGGGCGGUAUGAUCAAGGCCCCGGUCAUCAACAAGCACGCCGAGUCCGGCUACUACAAGGACGGCUCGGAAAUAACGAUCACCUGCAACAUCACCUGUCCGGAUCAAUUCAAUGUGAUCUGGCUGCACGACAAUCGCGAAAUAAAGAACACGCCCGACUUCGAGUAUCUGAACGAUGGCGACAAGUACUCGCUACAUAUCCCCGAAAUCUUCCCGGAGGACGCCGGCACGUACACGUGCGAGGCGUUCAACAAGGGUGGAGAGAGUUUCAGUUCCUGCACGAUCACCGUGCUGUCUCAGUCCGACCAGAAGGAAAAUCCGAUCUUCGCCAAGUUCCCGGCCUCUCUGAGCGUGUUGGAUGGGGCGAAGGCCGUGUUCAGCUGUGAAACGUACGACACCCCGACCAAGCUGGAGUGGUACAAGGACGGCGAACCAAUCAACGAGUCCUCCAACCGAUAUCGGUUCGUGAAGAAGGACAACAAGUACACCUUCACCGUUGCCAAGUGCUCGUUCGAGGAUAUCGGCCAGUACCAGGUGCGGGUGGUGACACGCCACGGUGACGCACUCGCUUCCUUCUCGGUCAAUGUUAGUGCGUAGAGAGAGAGAGCGCAUCACGCUCGUCCUAGUUAGGUAGAAGCAAGCUCACAAUUUCUAGUUUCUGCAAGAAAUGUUUUCUUCUCUGGUAUUUUUAGGUUAUUUUUGUACUUCUAGCUCGAAACGAUAAAGCUGAACCAAUCAAUUUGUGUAAUUUUUGUAAAGUAUUAUUUAUUUCUCGACUACUGAGCAGAGCGUAAGGUGCAAGCAUUGAUUUUUUUAACUGUUGAUAUAAAACGUCGAAAACCCAUAAAAAUAAUAAUAAAGAGCGAAAAUGUUAGUUAAUUAA